UCUCCUUUCUACUUUUCUAACUUUUUUCCUUCAUCUGAUGCUUCCUUGCUGCUCUUCUUCAUUCUGUUGUUUACGGGUUGGGUGGGGUUGUAAACUUAAUUUUGUUCGGGUAAACCAACCCAACAAACACGAAAAUCUGAUGGCAAGGUUUGAAUUUCAUCCUGUUCCCAGCCCCCACUGUGACGAUAGGAUUUCAAUAGGGGCCGGGCAUUAAUCAUGGGGGCGGAACUGGAAAAUAAUCAGGCUCAGUUGCACGAUAUGGAGGAUGUUAAUCUCACAGAUGCCCAGUUAGUUGAUUUCAUUAGGGGUUUUCUUAGUUCAGUGUCACUGGGAGAUACUGAUGGGUAUAACCAGCUUGUUGGUGUUAUACACCACAGAGAUCGACUAUCUCCCGACGAGGUUGCCUUGCUCGUGACAUGUUUGAAGGCACUAUCUGGAGCAGUUUCUUGUAUAGAUAUCAUUCAACACGAAUCUCUGCUUGCAGCAAUUUUUAAAAUGAGCUUGUGGGAUUAUGGACCUAACGUGAUGGAUUCCCUGAUUGAACUAAUAAUAUCCCUGGCUGUUUCAAAUGGAAAAUAUGUGAAUUCAUGCUUGGAUAUGCUUGUAAAUAACUUCAUGCCGCCCAAUUCCUACAUGGAUUUCCUGAAGAAACCACAUGGUCUUACAAAAAAGGAUGAAGUUCUUUCUCGAGUACACACAGCUCUAAAAGAUAUAUCAGACCUGGUGCCUCUUGCACCCUUGAGAUUGGAGCAGAUAGUUGUCCAUAAAAUGCAAAGAGUCUUUUUCAAAGAAUCUUUGACCACGAUAUAUGUGGAAAACAUGUUGAGGUUGGAAAAGGGUGCAUUGAGUGAAUUUGUUGGGAGAAAGAUCUUAACUGCGCUGGUGGAUAAGCUUCUAGAUUUGGAUGUGGAGAUUGGGUGGGAUGAUAUUCUACAAGACGAUUUCAGUAAAGGAAUUUUUGAGAUGGAACUUGAAGAUGAUGAUGAAACUACAGAUGAUAUUAAUGAGGAUUCUAGUGAGCUUCCAAGAGAACUAAGCCGUAGAAGCUUAGGUGGAAAUGUAAUUGCUGAAACGUUAGAUAGCUUGAUUGUUCUAACAUUUGAACAUCUUGAAUCAUGUGAACGUGAUGGACGAUUGAAUGAGGUUUUUGACAUUUUACUCCUAUCAUUCCAAAGAACUGUUCUGACUGCUUACAAGUCUAAAUUUGCUCAGUUUGUCAUUUUCUAUGCUUGUUCAUUAGAUCCUGAAGUUUGUGGUGCGAGAUUUGCUGUUUCGCUUGCUGAUAUGUUUGUUUCCUGCAAUGAUCCUCCGCUUAUCAGGAUGAGUGCUGUUUCAUAUCUUGCUAGUUUCUUGUCUCGUGGGAAGUUUUUGACAACCUCUUUGGUUACUACUAUAUUGAAAAGAUUGGUGGAUUGGUGUUUAGAAUAUGGCGAAACACUGAAUGUUGACCCGAACCCAAAGGCUCAUAAAGUAUUUUAUUCUGGUUGCCAGGCCAUAAUGUAUGUGCUUUGCUUCCGGAUGAGGUCCAUUUUGGAAAUUCCACGUCUGAAGUCCCAACUUCUGCUUAUGCCCAUUGGUCCUCUCUUGACGCAUAGAUUAAGCCCACUGAAGGUUUGCCUACCAUCUAUUGUUGAGGAAUUUCUUCAGCAGGCAAAAGUUGCUAAUUUAUUUACACCGUCGGAGACUUUUAUAUUCAAUGGUUUGCUGGAGUCUGAAUAUUCAAGAAGUUUUGGUGGAUUAGAAAGGCUCGACAUGUUUUUUCCAUUUGACCCUUGCUUAUUAAAAAAAUGUGACAGAUAUCUUCGGCCACAUUUUGUAUACUGGUCGAUGGUCAGACCUACCUAUGCCGAAGAAGAAGAACAAGAGGAAGAUGGAGGUAGCAGCGAUGAGGAUGCAGAGGUUUUUCCAGAUAUAAUUGAGGAAAACCUUAUGGAUGAUGUAGCAAUGGCAAGAAGCUACGACGACCAAGAUUUUGAUCUUGAUUCUGGAUUAAACAAUAUGUCCAUCACACCAAGAAAUUCGCUUCAGUACCGGCACGAUUUUGUUAAGAUGCCCUCAAGAAUCCGACCCUCGAUGAGUCCAGAAUCUUUGUGAUAACAUAUCUCAGCUUGAAUAGUUAACUGGAAUGCAAAUGAGAAUGGCGCUGCGCAUUCAUAUUUCACAAAAUGGUGAUUGCAAAUCUAGUUUUGGUUUUGGGGUUGUCUUCUUUACUUCAAAUGUAUGAUAAUUAGGUGGGUUAGAAUCGUUGUUGGGGGUUCAGUUUUGAAUUAUUCCUUUUCUAGCUUUGCAGCGCUUUGAUUAUUGCCCUUGUUUACACUCCAGGAUUGUAAUAGUUUUACCAAGUGAUGAAAUACUGCCAAAAUUUUGUACACUUCUGAGUGAUACAUGUAUAAGCAAAAAUUUUCAUUAUAAUUCAAA